AUGUCCACAGAAGAACCCAGCAAGGCCGCCCUCCAGCUGCACAUCCUCGUCGUCGGCUGCGGCCUCGGAGGUCUCGCCGCGGCGCACUGCCUCAUUCAGGCGGGGCACAAAGUCACCAUCCUCGAGUCCGCCACCGCCAUCGGCGAGAUCGGCGCCGGCAUCCAAGUCUCCCCGAACGUCUCGCGGCUGCUCUACCGCUGGGGCCUGCGCGACGCGCUGCACGCGGUGGCGGUCGAGCCCGAGGCCAUUGUCCUCCGGCGGUACGCGACGGGCGCGCGCGUGGGCUACACGCCGCUCGGCCGCUUCCGCGACCCCAGCAGCGAGCCGUGGUACAACGUGCACCGUGCGGACCUCCACCGGCUGCUGUACGACCUCGUCGUGCCGCACAUCACCCUGCGCCUCGGCGCGGCGGUGGUCGCGGUGGACCCCGCCGCGCCGGCGGUGACGCUCGCGUCCGGCGAGGUCGUGCGCGGCGACCUCGUCGUGGGCGCGGACGGCAUUAAGAGCUUCGUGCAGACGGUCGUGCUCGGGCACGCACAGCCCGCGCGCGCGACGGGCGACGCGGUGUACCGCAUGCUCAUCCCGAGCGAGAAGCUGCUCGCGGACCCGGAGCUGCGUACGCUCGUCGAGACGCCCGAGAUGACGAUAUGGAUGGCGCCCGGGCGGCACGCCGUGGGCUAUAGCAUUCGCUCGAAGCAGCUCUACAAUCUCGUCCUCGCGCACCCCGACGACGGCUCCGUCGAGUCGUGGACGGCCACGGGCAGCGCCGACAAGAUGCGCGCCGAGUUUGCGGACUUUGAGCCGCGCGUGCGCAAGCUGCUGGGCUUCGUCGAGUCCACGCUCAAAUGGCGACUGAUGGACCGCCUGCCGCUCGCCGCGUGGACGCACCCCUCGGGGCGGGUGACGCUGCUCGGGGACGCGUGCCACCCCAUGCUGCCGUACCGCGCGCAAGGCGCCGCCAUGGCGCUCGAGGACGCCGCGCUCCUAGGACGCCUGCUCGCGCACCUCUCCGCGCGCGCGCAGCUGCCCACACUGCUCCGCGCGUACGGUGCGCUGCGCGGGCCGCGCACGGCGGCGACGCAGGCGGCGGCACGGGCGAACCAGGGCGUGUUCCACAUGGCGGACGGGCCGGCGCAGGCCGCGCGCGAUGCGGAGAUGCGGCGCGCGAUGGAGGCGGUAUUGCGCGAUGGUGACGACGGGAUGGCGGGGAACCCGAACCAGUGGGCGGACCGCGCGAAGACGGACGCGCAGUUCGGGUACGACGCGGAGGCGGAGGCGGAGACGUGGUGGCGCGAGGCGGGCGUGCGCGCGCUGGAGGGUGCGGGCGCGGGCGACGCGUUGGGUGCGAGAGUUGCCGAGCCUGUAUGA